AUGCAUGGUUGUGUUGCAUCUCGUCCAGAGAUGAUCAAACUACCUCAACACCUUUUAUGUUUGGUUCUGCUCAUUAGUACUGGUACCUAUUCUGCUCUAGUAUGUAAUGAAGAACUUGGACUUUCCAAUGGAGCCUUAAAGAAUUCAGCAAUUAAAGUAUCAUCUUUCUUAGCAAAUAGAUCUAAAGAUAAAAUCAGAUAUGACUGCUGUAAAGGUGACAUUGGAGCAGCAUGGUGUCCUGCAGAUGGUGACGAGCAUCCGUUUGUAGAAAUAAGAUUAUCCAAGCCCCAAGCACUAACUGGUAUUCGGUUUCAACAUCCUGUAACCGAUGGACAUUCUUAUGGGCACGAUUUCAUGAAAAAAUUUACGCUCAAAUUCGUUCCUGCGUUAGCCAUUGAUGGAGGGUUUGAAGAAUUCAACACAGAUAUACCAGCCAUCUAUAAUGAAAGUAUGGCAUAUAAUGUGGGAUUACAACCCUCUGUGGUUACAGAUAGAGUAAGAAUUGAACCUACAGAGGUAAUAAAUAAAGCUUGUUUUAGGAUGGAACUCAUGGGAUGUGAACCAUCUGCUUUGUGUGAUGACGGUUUUUGUAAUAAUGGAGGCGAGUGUAUUGGGAAGAAAUUAUGUAAAUGUCCUGCUGGAUUUUUCGGCCACCAGUGUCAAACUGAGGCAACACAGAUUAAAGUUCAGCACUUUCACUACCUGAGUGUUACCAAAACUACUAUUGUUACAUCUGCUUAUGAACUGCAUUACCAAGGUCAAGUAUCUAUUAAGCAACAAGGCUCUAUGUCAUUUCUGGAACUCGCAGCUGGCAGUACUCUUCAAGUACCGACCAAGGAAAAAUGUUUUGAGAACCUUGAUGACUGUGCAGAUGGAUUUACAUACAACGUCGGAGUCAGCUUCAACAGUAUUCAAAUGUCAACUUUUGACAUUCUGAAAGGAGGUGACUGGCAAAAGGAAUCUGGAAUAGAAUUAAUGUAUCAUGCCGAGAGCAAAAGACUCAUUUGUACUGUUGGUACAUCAACUUUGGUAUGGCAACUAUCUGUCAGCAUCAAAUUGGAAAUACAUCAUUGGUAUAACUUUCAGCUGUCUUGGAGUCAAUCGUUAGGAUUAAAGCUUCUUCAGAAUGGUAAACUAGUAGGAAGUGUUCUUCAGGCUAGUCCACGACAAGUUAGUCAGAUGGCUAAAAGGAUAUCGUUUCAGAUAGGGUAUGGGAUAGCAGUAAUGUACAAAUUGUCUGAAAUGAGGAUAGUUCCUCUAAUUUACAGUGAAGCUGUGAGAGCGGGAAUCACUGAACCAAUUAUUCCUACCACACCAUUACCAACAUCGUCAACACAGCCACCAACAACAACAAUCACAGCUAUACCCACUACAGAGUCACCUUGUUUAAAGAAAGUACCAGAGAAUACAGACGUGAUCAGCUACGAUUUAACUGUUCGCGAUAUUAUCGAUGGUGAGAUUAUUACUCCAGACUUAAAGAUUAAGUACAUCGGAGACGUCCCACCACCAUCAGAUCACAGUAUCAAGGUCCUUGACCUAAAUGGAACUGGACAGUAUAUUGCCGUACCUACCGAAUGUCUAGCAUGUUUGAACAGCCUUGUAGAUUGUGAGCAUGGGUUUACCAUACAGGUCUCUGUCGCGUUCCACUCUGAGGAACAUAACGUUAUUUUCUACAGUGGGGUUGAACGUUUCGAAUCUGGUUUUAAACUGACCUUCUCUUCUGGAAAGUUUCAAGCUGUGCUGCAGGCAGGCUUCGAUAAAUGGUUGAUAGAUGCUCCAUAUCAAGUACAACCUGGUAAAACGUAUCUGAUUCAGCUGUCAUGGGCAACAAAGUAUGGUUUCCAGUUGUUCGUUGAUAACUAUAGAGUAGGAGAAGGUGAACACCUUAGAUUACCAACGUUCUUCAACAAUGUUACUAAACCACUGUAUAUUGGUACGGAAGACAGGAACACGACAUCCAGAUUUCUCCUAACUAAUUUGAUGGUAUGGUCAGCCACUAGAACUGUUUUGGUAGAGAAAGGAAUUCUCCCAGCUAUCUUAACAACACCGGGACCUACCACCACGCUUGAUCCAACCGCUGGUUUUGCUUGGACAUUUGCUUCCAUAAACGCCACAAAAUUGGUCGAUCAUGGUUUACAGAUUAACCUAAAGGGAGUAUCAAAAUCAGACAAAGAUGGAGUGUACCUUCAGUCCAGCAAGCAAUAUCUUGAGAUUUCAGAGCUGUCCAAUACAUGUACUGGUAAUCUCGAAUUUUGCUCCAAUGGUAUCAGUUUUGAGUUUGAAAUGAAGUUUUUUGAGCUAAAAGAGAAUACAGUGAUCAUGAGUACGGGUGGCGAAAAUCCCAACAACCCUGGAGUGGCUGUCAUUUACAGAUUUGGUCAAAUACAGAUAGUAGUAAACACAAAAGAAAAGAGUUGGUACUCCACAAUCCCAAGAGAACUCAUCACCUUAUCUGAACUUCACAAGUUCCUCAUUUCUUGGAGCCCGAAAGGUUCUCUAGAAGUGUAUCUGAAUGAGAAGUACGUUACCAGCACAACACACUUUGUCAAAAGAACUACCAUUACCGCCGCCUACACUGGAACACUGUACAUUGGACAUUCCUUCUCCACAAACACUGAUCUUCAGUCCAUAAACUGUGAGGUUAAAUCCUUCCAUAUCUGGCACAUCACUAUUGAAAUUUUGAUACAGAUUGGUAUUUGUCACUGUCAAAGACCCACCACCACGACAAAUGCGCCAACAACGACCACGACCCCGAAGCCAACCACUACCACCGAGAAGCCAACAACUGCAAAAGAAAAGCCAACCACUACCACCGAAAAGCCCACCACAACCACCGAGAAGCCGACCACUACUACUAAGGAACCGACGACUAGCUCUUGUCCUGCUGGUUGUAUCAGUAUAAGUGAUAUGACCACUAGAAAACCAUGCCCAACUCGACCACCAAGAACAACAACACGAACACCAACGACCACUAAGAAACCGACUACAACCACUAAGAAACCUACCACAACCACCGAGAAACCCACCACAACCACCAAGAAACCGACAACCACAACCCAAGCUCCAACCACAACUCUUGGUAUUCCAAUAAUUGGAGGAUCGGCUAUCCUGAAACCAAUUGUCAACUCGAAAGGAGAGGCUUUCCUUUCUUGUAGUAUUAAAACAACCAUCGACACAUCAAACAUUCAAGUGAAAUACUCAUUCACAAUCUUUGGUAAAAAGAACAGUGAGAGAGAGCUGAAGUCCAAUAAGUUUGAGAGUCUACUCUCGGCCAAGGAUCUCGAUGAAAACAUUCUUGGGAAGAAGGUUGUAUGUACAAUUACAGCAAGAUAUUUACCCAAUGGUAGAUGGUCUGAAAUCAUCCGCAGUAACAUCUUUAUUGCAAAAGUUGAGCUCAUUACCAAGGGAACAGUGACUCUUAUAGAGGGAGAAAAUGAGAAGAAGGUCGACAUCAAAUCUAAUACACCUCCACAACUACUUUGUCCAACCGGUAACAAGGGAAGAUGCGAAGUUCAACUAGUUUCUACUAUCAUUGCUGCCAAGAAGGAAUACAAAUGCUCCAAGUACGUCGUCAUACCACAAAUGGUUAUUGGGUGGACUCCAUCCGGUGGUCUGACUAAACCAUUUUGUGGCACGUCACUCAGUGUAAGCAAUUGGGAAAAGACGAUACAGAUUCCAGUUAAAGCUACUAUAGAUGGAUUAUAUGAUAGAGAUGCUUACAGACAAAUGAAAGCGGAAGUUGUCAUUACCGGUACGGUUACACAAAAGACCGAAUCUUACAGUAUAGGAAACGAGCUUAAGGUUAUAGCUAUCAACAGAGAUUUUAAAGCUGUGUGUGGUUCCGUCAACGAUCCUCAUAUGACAACAUUCGAUGGCUUGCAUUAUAAUAAUUUUGCCAGUGGUGAAUUUGUUUUAUAUCGACACAAAACUCUACCCUAUGAGGUGAGAACCCUGUAUAAACCGUGCAGUAAGUGGAAUCCAAAAGGACCAUCCUGCAACUGUGGGGUGGCAGUGCGAUCUGGUGAUGACGUCAUCACACUGUCAGGAUGUGCUAAUGGUCUUUAUGAUAAGUAUUCCAAACACAAACACCAUCACUCGCAUCAUGCUAAUCCUAUAUCGGUACAGAUGUAUAAGAAUGGUGAACUUACACCGGGUACAAGAGUCCGUAGACUUGGUUGUGGACAAAAAUACGAGAUAAUACUUCCAACAGGAUCAGUAGUUACAGUCAAAUCUAGUUAUCUUUCUUUUAUCAAUAUAUGGCUUAAAGCUUCUGCUGUGGAUUAUGGUCAGUCGCAAGGACUCUGUGGUAUUUAUAAUAGAAAUAAAAAGGAUGACUUGACUGAUAGUAGUGGUAAAUUGAUUACUUCCGGUAGAUAUCUCAAACAGUUCUGUGAAUCUUGGAGAGCAACCAAGUCAAUGUUUACAGGAGUGAUAGCUUCACCUUUAGUUAAAAGACCAAUAUAUUGUAGCUGUAUCAGUGGUUAUAAAAGUUCAUGUUCUAAUACUAUGGAUAUCUUUAAAUGUCCCUCCUCCACUGAUAAAUAUGAUAUAACGGACUAUCUAGUAAAGAAUGCCCAAUUACCUCAUGUUGAUAAACCUAUAACUGGUAGAAAACGACGAGCAUUGCCAGAUCCUGUUACCACAGUGAUCCCAGCAACAUUUAAAAAUAUAUCCAUGGAAGAGGCCGAGGAAUAUUGUAUGGAUUAUUUAGAUAAUAGUACAGCCGUUAAAAACUGUGAAAACAUAACAAACAACACCAACUACACGCAAAAUGUAGAGAAUUGUGCAUAUGAUUUACAUACUACUGGUGAUGAAGGUUUUGCUACAGCUCAUGUUGAUGAUAUUAUAAAUCUAUGUAUUACUCUAGCUACUAGCCAGGGUACACAAUACACCGACAAUGACAACCAAACAUCACCAACACAGGCUAUCCUAGCAACACUGUGUCCUUUAGAUUGUGGUGAUCAUGGUUCCUGUCAAUCAGGUGUAUGUGUUUGUGAAGAAGGUUUUACUGGUGCAGCAUGUGACGUUGGUAAGACCACUAAACCAGACAUCAUACCAAUUUCACCAGACAGUGAACCUUGUGAUAUCAAUAGAAGAGAUUGUUCACAAGUAGACAUUCUGGGUUUUAAUUUCGUUGAUUCUGCUGAUUUGUCCUGCCAUUACCAACCUAUAAUUGUCAGUGACAAGAUUGAGAUUCGAGGAGGUUCGUCCACCAUCAAAGCUAACUACAUUAGUAUGUAUCAGAUAGGAUGUCCACUACCAAACCCACCUCAUAGUGCUUAUAUAAGUAUCAGUAAUGAUGGUCAUACAGUUAGUGAUGCUCGAUAUCUGCAUCUUGUUCACGAUUCGAGUUGUUAUGACUGUACAGUUGAUGAUGACACUAAUGCCCAUUGCAGUCGCAGGGUCGAGACAUGUUCCAUUGAAAGCCAGUGUUACAUGGCAGGUAAAACUAAUCCUGAACAGUCCUGUCAGAUUUGUGAUCCACAACAGUCCCAGCUCCUAUGGUCUGUCAAUACAGAUCCAAAAUGCAGUGCGAAAAAAUUAACUGGAUCUAAAGACGAUGAUGACGAACCUCUUUCAACUAAAGUUAUAGCUCUGGCAGCAACAUCAGGUGUUCUUGGUUUUAUAACAUUGAUAAGUUUAGCUGUCAUCUGUAAACAGAGGAGUGAUGCUAAACUAAAGAGAAAAGAAAGUGGCUUUUACAAUGUUGGUUCACCAUCAACAACAACACUAGCUGGAAGUAAACCAGAUUUACAUUCUUACGACAAUCAAACGUACGAUUCGGGUAGAUUAUGA